AUGGAGCUUGAGUCUCUCCGGACAGACGUGGAGAAGGAGGGAGGAAAGGAGGAGGAUGAGGAGGAGAAGAAAGGAGGACAAAAGGCAGGGACGAAGAGGAGACAUGAAGAUGAGGAGGAGGAGACGUCACCCACCAAGAAGCUGGCGACUGAUCACAGCGUGAAGGUGGCGACUCACUACAACAGGCUGCAGGAAGUCGGUCUGGCGGCUCGAAGUCAAAGUAGAAUCUUCUUCAUGAGGAACUUUAACAACUGGCUGAAGAGCGUUCUCAUUGGUGAGAUCCUGGAGCAGGUGAGGGAGGCGGGACCUCAGCAGGUGUCUGUGUUGGACCUCGGCUGUGGCAAAGGAGGAGACCUGCUGAAGUGGAGAAGAGGAGGGAUAAAUCACCUGGUCUGUGCAGAUAUAGCAGGAGUGUCUGUGGAACAGUGCCAGAGUCGGUAUGACGACAUGAAAAGGAAAAGUCACGCUAACGAGAGAAUCUUCAGCGCCGAAUUCAUCACUGCAGACUGUUCCAAGGAGUUGCUGUCGGAGAAGCUGGACGACGCUGAGCUGAUGUUUGACAUCUGCAGCUGUCAGUUUGUGUAUCAUUACUCAUUUGAGAGCGAGCAGAAGGCCGACAUGAUGCUGAGAAACGCUUGUGAGCGUCUGAAGCCUGGAGGGUUCUUCAUCGGAACGACGCCGGACGCCUUUGAACUCGUAAAGCGUUUGGAGGCGUCAGACUCUCUGUCGUUUGGCAAUGAGGUUUUUAAAGUUUCCUUUCAGUCAAAAGGCGUCUAUCCUCUGUUCGGAUGUCAGUAUCACUUCAGCCUCGAGGACGUUGUCAACGUUCCAGAGUUCCUCGUCUACUUUCCUCUGUUGGAACACAUGGCAAAACGUUACAACAUGCGUCUGGUGCUGAAGCAGAGGUUCUCUGAGUUCUUCGAGGAGAAAGUGAAGAAGGAGCAGCAUCGCAGCCUCAUGAUGAAGAUGAUGGCUCUGGAGCCAUUUCCCUGCGAGGGUGGAGGUCGACCGGCUUCUGACAGCAGAGAAGAGUACUGCCAUGCAAAAGAGCACUGUGGCAGAGCCGGAGUGAAACCUCCAGUGGGAACUUUGAGCAGAUCUGAGUGGGAGGCAACCAGUAUCUACCUGGUGUUUGUCUUUCAGAAGAUGUCCUGAUGGUGACUUGCUUUGUGACCGCACUUGUUCUCCAGCGUGUUUGUACAGUGUUUCUGUUGUAUCCGACUCGUUUUUGAUAAAACUGUAAUAGGUUUGUUGUCGAAAUGAAUUUAAACUACAAUGAAACUCA